AUGUCCAUGACAGACGCUCCCCGGCGCACCCGCCCAUCGACUGCAACUGCCCGACCUGCUAAGGUGUUGCUCGACACGAAGAUCAAGAGGCGAUCCCCGGCUCAAAAGGCUGCAGAUGACCUUGUCAUCAAAGAAGCGAGAGAAGCAAAGGAAGCAGCGCACCAAAAUGGGGUUGAGCGUAUUGCUGCUCUGCAGGCUGAGAUGGAGAAAGCCCAGAAGGAAUUGAUCAUGAAAAAGGCGACUCCCGUUCGGCCCAAGCCUAGGGCCAAGGCGAUAAAGCCAAAAGUGACUCAGAAAAAGUCUGUGGUAGGAGACACCGGUGGUGGUGACAGUCCUGCUGAUAGUGGUAUGUUGGAGGACCUAGUGUCAGAGACUGACAUUGCCAGGGAUGUGGAAAAUAAAGCUGCAGGAAGGGGGAAAAAGAUGGUGACGAAGAAAGUCGAAAAGACGUUGAUAAGGGAUGCCAUCAGUAACAUGCAAAAGAAGCUCACUGAAUCAUCCGAGUCAAAAGUGGAAGGUGAUGAUGCACGUGCUGAUGGGAAAUCACCAUAA